UCCCAACCUCUGUCCCGUUGCGCAAUUCCUUGACGCGCUACGUUUUCUUGUUUCCCUAUCUUCGACUGAUGGAAACACUCAUGCGAAUAGAGCGAUCGAUGGUUUUGUCACUCCUUGCUAAGAAACGGCUGCACAACAUAGACAAAAUUUGAAGGAAUACUAUGAGUCGUAACUCAAGCUUGGUCAUUUCAACUGACAGUGUCUUGAUUUGCUUUUGCAGGGUGGCAUAUUUGUGUUUAACCUGUUCGACUCGUUUUCAGCCGGUUUGUCGCUCUUGUUCAUUGUGUUUUUGGAGUUGAUUGUUGUCGCAUGGAUUUAUGGAGUUGACAGGUUUUCACGAGAUGUUGAAGCCAUGAUAGGUCAUCCAAUUUCAAAAUGGUGGCUGAUUUGCUGGAAGUAUCUGUCACCGCUGAUGGUGUUGGGUAUCUUGAUGUUUAGCUUGAUCAAAUACACUAGAAUCACGUAUGAGGAUUACGUGUAUCCCCCGUGGGGAGAGGCAGUGGGAUGGCUAAUCACUGUUGCUUCUAUGCUCUGUGUGCCACUGUUAGUCAUUAAAACUAUUGUGGACAUCUAUUGGCGGGGAAACGAUGGAGGAAACACAUCACAGAAACUGCAUGAGGCUAUAUUUGUGCCAGAAGAAAACCAUGCUAAGGAAUUGAAGGUCUGGGAAGUGGGCCAUCAAAGUCCAGUGUAUAUGACUGCUUUGUAACGUCCUUAGAUGGUGGAUUGAAAACCCCGCUUUGCCUGUGGCGUUGAAGUGUUAUGUAAUAAGAUACCAGGCGUUCAGUCGUCCAUGUGCUUUGUUAUAUAUUUUGAAGGAAUUUCUUCAUAUUAAGCUGUUCUAAGACUGGCCAAUCACAAUAAAUGUUAUAACGCUGUAGACCAAUCAGAAAACGAAGCAGAAACAUGUAACUGACGCGAAGGGCGGGAAAAUACACUCUAAAAAUGACUUUUAGUUGCUGGCUUAAUUGUUCUUAAACAAACGACCGAAUCAAGAGAAAAAGAAAAUAAACAAACAAACA